AUGGUAGUUACAUUCGAUGACGAAAAUAAGAAUGCAAAGUUAUCCUUAAGAGUAUUUGAAAUUUUAAAUGAAUUACAAAAAGAGGAAGAAGCAGCAAUGCAAAACCGUGAAUUGAUUGGAACUUCAUGGAAACCAGAAUUUGGAAGAUACAUGCUUGAGGGUACACCCGGAUUUCCCUAUGGAGGAACAUUAAAGGACAUACUCCAAGUUGAGCCAAACAUGAAGUUUCGUAGACAACUUGCCGCCAAAUAUAUGAAACCAAAUGAAGUUCCGAUUACUAUAGCAAGCUUUCCGAGACUUGGCUGUCAAGGUCAAUUCCUGGAACCUCAUUAUGAACCAAGGGGUGAAGCUUCAAGAAGCUUGUUUGUACCUGAUGAAGUAAUUAAUCCACAUGCUAGGUUCCCAACAUUAGCUGCUAAUAUCCGAAAACGUAGAGGAUCAAAAGUUGCAAUUAAUAUGCCAAUUUUUCAUGAUAUAAAAACUCCAAAACCUUUCAUCGAUCCGACAAUCCCGAAAGAUCGUAAUUUAUUUCCUGAAGACAAAGAAGCCGCCGAAGGUGCAGCGUUGCCUGAUCAUAUUUAUAUGGACGCGAUGGUUUUUGGAAUGGGUUGUUGUUGUCUUCAGAUUACUUUUCAAGCUUGUAAUAUUGAAGAAGCGAGAAGACUUUAUGAUCAGUUGGCGAAUAUGGGUCCUAUAAUGUUAGCUUUAACAGCUGCUGCCCCGAUUUAUAGAGGGUAUCUUGCAGAUGUGGAUUGUAGAUGGAAUGUCAUAGCAGGAAGUGUGGAUGAUCGUACUAAAGAAGAACGCGGUCUAGAGCCUCUUAAAAACGAUCGUUUCGUAAUUAAUAAAUCUCGUUAUGAUUCGAUCGAUUGUUAUAUUUCUACGGAUAAGACAUUAAAACCCGAAUACAAUGAUUUGGAUUUAUGUAUUCAUCAUGUUUUGUUGUUAGGAAUUGAUGAACUUUUAGCUCGUCAUGUUGCCCAUUUGUUUAUCAGAGACCCUUUAGUUAUUUUUAAAGAAUUGGUGGAUCAAAAUGAUGAUUCUGAUCAUUUUGAGAACAUUCAAUCAACAAAUUGGCAAACGAUGAGAUUUAAACCACCACCGCCUAAUUCCAACAUAGGUUGGAGGGUAGAAUUUCGCAGUAUGGAAAUUCAAAUCACAGAUUUCGAGAAUGCCGCAUUUGCAGUUUUUAUUGUAUUGUUAACUAGAGUAAUUUUAAGUUAUGGGUUAAACUUUUAUAUACCCAUUUCAAAGGUUGAUGAGAAUAUGAUGAUAGCCCAUAAAAGGGAUGCAGUAUUAAAUGAAAAAUUUUGGUUUAGGAAAAAUUUGUUUGAGAAUGAGGGCAAUAAUGGUAUUAAUGGGGAGUCUUUGAAUACAGAUGGAUCAUGUGAGGAACAUCACACGAAUACGCAACCACCGAAUGGGGAUACAUCAACUUCCAUCGAAGAUGAAUAUGAACAAAUGAGUAUCAACGAGAUUAUUAAUGGAAAUGGCGAUAAAUUUCCAGGAUUGAUUACUUUAAUAUUUCGUUAUCUUGAUUCAGUUAACAUUGAUAUUGAAUCAAGAUGUAAGUUGGGAAAAUAUUUGGAAUUUGUUAGUAAAAAAGCAGGAGGAAAAUUACAAACCACGGCAAGGUGGAUUCGUGAAUUUGUUAGAUCCCAUCCCAAAUAUCAACAAGAUUCUGUUGUUACACAAGAAAUCAAUUAUGAUUUAAUGAAAAUGAUUGAUAAGGUUCAAAAAGGUGAAGAAAAUGCUCCUGAAUUAUUGGGAGGUUUCGGAAUUAAUUCAUAA